CUGGCUCUCCUGCAUUCGCUCUAACCUAAGAGGCACUGACUGAGGCAGGGAUUCACUCGAUCUGGAGAUUAACUGCUGUUACUGUGGACAAGUGAACAGCUGGAUCCUAUCGCCUACGAUGCAGCUGUGAAUUGAACGUUUUCAAAUGAUGCAUGCGACCCGCAGCCCCUCAUCCAUUCCCUCGGCUCCUCCUGGGGGGGUUUUGGACCUCAGUUUGACUGGAACUUCGCUCGCUAUGUCCAAACGUCCGAGCAGUGCCUCGCCUGGAAAGUAUUUCUCCCGGUCCGUGUCUGUGGCCACCGACGGACGAGGGAAACGCAAUACACUGAGCGACAGCAGUUUCAGUGGAUCUCGCUCCAUAAAGAACCUGAGACGGUCUAACAGCACCACCCAGGUGAACCAGCCAACCAAUGUUGCCUCGAGUCUGGACCAGAAUGGAGACUACCUGACUGUGUUAGACCACAGCCCUGACGUCUCAAGACUCAGCAAAACAUCGCACGACAGAACCACCUGGAACAUCUUGGAUGAUCAGCCACAGGUGCUUCACCCACACAGCAGUUCUCACAGCAGUGUGGACUCUCCAACCAGCCAGAAGAGACGAGAGGUGGGAAUCUCUCUGGCUGCUAGCUUCACUGCUAACAACAGGAGCAACAAAGGAGCAGUGGGGAACUCGGUCACCACCAUCCUCCACAAUAACUACUCUGAAAAGCCUCUGACACCUAAAAGUUCCAACCAGAAGCCCACUUUCAAUAAUCUCCUGAAGGCAUCGGCUAACGAUGAUGUCUCAUUGGACCAUGGCUCGCUCACCAAGUACCAGAAGAACUUCUCCUCUUCUUCCAACAAUAGGAGUUCCGUUUCGGCCCAGGCCAGCAGCCCAGUCCUCCCACAGAGACGAGAGGUCUCUGAAGAGGAGGCAGAGAGGUAUAUUCAGCAAGUGAACAGGGCCGCAGUCACCAUCCAGUGUUGGUACCGACAUCAAACUCAGAAGCGACUGAGACGCAGCAUUGCCACUACCAGACAGGACUGGGAGCAGCAGGCACAAAGCGCCGCCCCUCUUGAGCCGCUGCUGCAUCAGAAAAAGAAGGAUGACGACAGGAAGCAGAUCCGUGAGGAGAAGGCUCGUCUGGCCCGCCUUUCGGCCAUUCAGGAGCUGCAGCAGAACCGGUCUGUCCUGGACCAGUCAGCCGAGUUGGAGCUGGGAAAUCAGAGUCCUCUGGCUUUCUCCAGCACUAGAAAGCCUCCCAGGGUCUCGCCCACCAUUAGAAGUCCGCUGUUUUCUGCUAACAACAGUCCUGUGUCCCCAGACCACAAAGCUAAGAACACAGAUUUCCAGCUGAAUGUUGUGUCUAGUGAGCUCUUGGGGUUCAGAGCCGUAUCGCCUGCACUAUCAAAUCACCUUGGCUCUCAGGGUUCUCGGGAGCCGACUGACAAUGCAGAAGAUUUUAGUGGGUGCCCACAUCAGGAAUCAGACGGAAUACUGACGCGGAAAGAAAAAACACGUCUUUCCCCACUCACUGCGUCCCAGGAGCUGCAGCAGCAAAGAGUCCAACUUGGGGCGUCAGAGACGGAGGUGGAGAACCUGAGGCACAGUUCACUGGUUCACCUCAGAACGCCACGGUUCUCUCCGAUCAGCCAAGGUCCUGCAUCCCCGAGCAACAAUAGCAUGAUGUCGUCGGCUGAAAUGAAAGGCAAAAACAAUGACUCUCGAGCAAAAGGUGAGGUGAGUGAACUCUUGGACUUCAGAGCUGUUUCCCCUGCACUGUCCAAUCACAGAGGCUCCCAGUGUUCCCAGAGAUCUGCUGGUGUGGAAGAGAAGCCACAAGUUGAGUCGCCAAAAACGACUCUUCACGAUCUGCUGGAGACCUUGAAACUGCUGGAGGAGGUACCCCAGCACCCGGUGGAGUCAAAGAAAAGUCCUCAAGAGGAUAAGUACUCUUGGAUUGACCAGGAUGGAGAGUCCAACUCCCUGACCACUGAUAACCUCGAACGCCAUGGUCAGCUCAGUCGCGCACUGGUUCUGUCUGAUGGUGGCGCUCUGCUCUCAGAGGCAAAGCUGCAAAGCAUCAUGAGUUUCCUGGAUGAGAUGGAGAAGUCGGAGCAGGAGCGACCACGCUCGGUCACCUCAGGGUCGCAACGAGAGGGGGUCAUGUCUGAGGAAGACCUGGUCUGCCCAGAACUUGCUUCUGCCACUGCUGCCGAGCUCAGCAGCUCCAUGACAAGAAUCAAAUUAGAACUGGAGGAAAAGAAACGUGCAGUUAACAUGCUGCAGGGGGCACUGGCUCAACAGAGGGAGCUAACGAGUCGACAUGUGAAGGAGACGGAGAAAGAACUGAACAGAAGCUUUCUCGUCCAGAAAAAACAGUACGAGUCCACCAUCCAGAGACACCUGUCCUUCAUCGACCAGCUGAUCAGUGAUAAGAAAGUGCUGAGUGAGCGCUGUGAGGCUGUGAUGGCGGAGCUUAAGCAGGUGGACCAAAAGUACACCAAGAAGAUCUCCCACAUGCAGGAGCAGCAUGACAUGGUGAGGAUCCUCCAGACCCUUCUGUUUACCAUCUGCCCCUCUGUUCUAAUUGUCUGCUCCUCCUUCUCUCCUGUCUCCGGCUCUGUCCGGCUUCAGGUCUGGCAAAUUUUGGGACCACUCUGUGAGGAGAUCAAGAAGCUGAAAGACCUCAUGAGUGCCAGCGAGAAGAUCCGCAGAGAAAAGUGGAUUGAUGAGAAGACUAAAAAGAUCAAGGAGAUCACAGUCAAAGGUCUGGAGCCAGAGAUCCAGAAGCUGAUCUUGAAGCACAAACAGGAAGUGAAGAACCUUCGUACUCUGCAUGAGUCAGAGCUGCUGCAGGCCGAUGAGCGAGCAGCACAGCGCUGCCUCCAGCAGUGUGAGGACCUGAGACGAGAGAUGCAGGAAGAGAAGGAAGUGCUGCUGCAGAGGGAGAGAGACACGAUCAAGCAGAGAUUUGAGAAGCAGCUUCAGGAGGAGGAGCUUUCCUUCCAGCAGCAGAGGAGGCGCCUCUACAAGGAAGUGUCAGAGGAGAAGGAACGACUGGCUCAGCUGGCUGGAAGGCAACGUGCUGAGCUGGAACAGCUGCGUCGGCAGCUGGAGGAGAGCAGUUCUGUCUCAGGAAGAGUUCUGAGAGAGGAGCUGGACAAGAACCGGGAAGAGCUGGAGAGGAGACACCAGGCUGAAAUGAAGACGCUGCAGGAACGUUUGGAGAUACACAAGCAAACAUGGGAAGAAAACUACAAGAAGAAAGAGGAAACCUGGCUUCUGAAUCGCGAGCGAGAGUUACGAGAGGAGCUGCGGCGAGAGCGAGACAAAGAAAUAGAGUUAGCAAUCUGGACACUGGAGGAAGAGACAAGUCGAGACAAGGACGAGUGUGAGCGAGCUGCUGACAAAAGGGUGAAGCGGGUGCGAGAGAAAUACGAGGCUGAACUGAAGGAGAUGGAGCUGUCUGAGAAGGAGACCGUGGAGCGAUUACAAGAGCUGAGGAAGCUGCAGCUGCAGACGGAGGGAGAACUCAUCCGACUUCAGAACCAGCUCAGACAGAAGGAGCAGGACCUGGAUCAAGUCUCUCAGGCCCGGGACCAGCUCAUGAGCGAGCGCAGCAACCUGGCCGAGGUGAUCCGACAGGAGUUUGCAGACCGGUUGGUGGCGACUGAAGAAGAGAACCACAGGAUGAAGCUGGAAGUUUCAGAGGUGCGAGCGAGACUAAAGAUGGAGGUAGAGCGAGUCACCAGGGAGAAGGAGGAGGAGCUGGCACAAGUCCACCAAAGAGUGAAGUCGGCCAUCUUAAAAAAAGAAGAGGCUGUCAACAAUCUUCGGAAGCAGCAAGAGGCUGCUGAAAAGAGGGCCGACCACCUGGAGGCGCUGUGGGACCAGCAAAGAAGGCAGCUGCUGAAGAAGUGAAGGUCCAGGUCCAGCACCAAGACCAGGGCUGGGACCGGGUCUAAGGCAGUGGACUUUGUACCUGUGUGCUGCAGGAAGGACUGAGCAUAAUAAAACUCCGACAGAAGGAUCAUGUGACUGCACUCCCCUCCAGAGGAAAGUGAACAUUUCCAGAUGUUGCAUAAACCACAAGCUGCUGAGUUCCACUUUAACACACAAAAAUGUGGGCCAGCCCUUUUCUUCUCCCCCGCCACCCCCCCGUCUGAGAUUCUGGACCCAGAGGACCCGCUCCAGUGAACCUUAGAGGUAACUGACACUGAGUAGAGACUUGAGAUUGAACUGUAGAGGAUGUGACAAAGAGGUGAGAGGGAUGUGAAGAAGGACCUGAUGGAGGAUAUGAGAGAGCCCUGAUAUGCUAAGAAGGAAUUGCAAGAAGUGAUGUAACAAAUGAGCUGAUGGAGGGAAGAUUUGGUGACGUGUGAGCAGGUAAAGUAACGUGUAACAGAUGUAGAAGAGCGGGAACUCUAGGAGUCGACAGGCCGAGUGCCAGUGCAAAUCUCACACUUUUUCCUCUUAUUCUUCCGAUGUCUUCUCUGAAGUGAAACACAGGCUUCUGCAGUGGUUCAGGUUUCAGUGGAGGCAGCUGGCGAAAUUCAAUAUCAGGCUGUAGAAACAUUUUCCCUAGAACUUUUGCUUAGUUAGGAUCUAGCGCUGAAACAGAUCCACUGAAGUGUUUCUAAGUCACAUGUGAUCUCAUCAGUUUGAGUCAGAGGGUUGGUGAAAACGCCCCAUGGUCUGUCCAGCUGCCUGGUCCAUGACAGGCUGGACAUAUAACAACUAACAAAUCAUUCCAUGCUGCAGUUACAGAGAAGCUGGUUGGAGGGUGGAGACCUGUUACAGCAUAACCUGGUGUCCAAAACCGACAGGAUGAGGUCAAAUGUUUGUAAUCAAUGAAAAGUUUGUAGUGAUUUGAGGUUUAACUUAUUGGGACUUCAGUAUACUGUCGGGGUAAAACAGCUGCACCAUGUCCCACAGCUGUUUCCUGAAAAAUUGGUUAAAUUAUUUAAAAGAACACAUGGAGGUCAGCUAGACUCACCAAGGUUCUAACUACAUGUACAUAACAUCCGAUGCUGUUGAGUGUGCCAAAACUCCAAAACAGUAGUCUCGUCCAAGCAUUUUUUAAAACGGGCAAAGCUGCCAAUUUUCCGGUUUCCUUGGGACAUUUAAUGCUUGUCCUGUCAGAAAAAAAGUGUGGUGUCAUGCUGGUAUCCUGUCAGGGUGUUGCCGCCAUGCUUGAAGUAAUUUAGGCUGGAUUGCUGUCUCCUAACUGGAAAUUGUUAAAGAAAGUUCCAUUUCUUUCAUUGAAUUACUUUUAUUGCCAUGUUUUGUUUUGCUAAUGUUUUUGUAUUCCAUAUCGAUGGAGGUGUAACGUCAGUCAGACUUUCUGAUGGGAAUAUUCUGAUCACAUGACAUGUGGCCAGCGCGACUUGGUCUGAGGAGGAAAUAAAAGAAAUGUGUGAACACUGUUGUGUUUUGUGAUCCAACACCUCUCCCUGAUCAAACUUCCUUGAGCUCAUCCUGAAGCCAGCAGGACUUUUCUCCUUAACUGAUCUGACAGUGUUCACUUCCGUCACUUCAGCUGUUCCGAGUAGAUGCCAAAAACUCCAUGUGUCCUUUAACACCAGAGGCCCGUUGGGGCACGUUUCGGUCAUCUUUCUUCACCGACUAGCCUUUAACCACACAUGAUCCCACCUGCCAGGUUCGACUGGCAGGGCCCCAGGGUUGCCCCAACUGGACUUACCCAGCAGUAUUAGAGAUGAGU